CAGAAUCAGCGCACUUUCUGUUGCACAACGUGUUGCGGAAGAACGUGGUGAGACAUGUGGAACCAGCUGCGGUUAUAUUAUACGUUUUGAUAAUAUGACAAGUCCUAGUACAAAGAUUGUUUAUAUGACAACCGGUAUACUACUGCGUCGCUUGCACACUGAUCCACAGCUAAAUGGUGUUUCGUGUAUCAUUGUGGAUGAAGUACACGAAAGAGAUGUGGAGACGGAUUUUUGUCUGUUGCUGCUUCGUGACAGGCUAAUAGAACAACAAAGAAAUAAUCAACUAUACAAAAAUCAUGUGAAGGUGGUGGUGAUGUCUGCCACUGUACAGAUAGAGAAGGUAGCGUCGUAUUUUGUCUGCGUAUGUGGUGGAAAAGCUCCGCCUAUUAUUAGCAUCCCGGGAACGUUGUUUCCUGUAGAGGAAUGUUUUUUGGAGGAGGCCUUAAAAUGGACUCAUUUGCCACCUUCUGCGGUCCCUGCUAUCUCCAUGUUGGCUAAUGUUUCAGAAAAAAAAAGCAAAAACCACAAUUCAGAGGAUGGGAAUGAUAGCUCUAUUUUUGAAAAGAUUAAGGCUACUGUUUUUGGGGAAACAGAUAAUGAUCCAGAGGUUUUGGUGCCUUAUGAUCUUAUAUUUAAGCUAAUUUCUUAUAUUCAUGCCAGUUCCCAUGACUUAUCAGAAAGUAUAUUGGUAUUUCUUCCGGGAUGGGCUUCUAUAAGCCGAGUAAAUACUAUGAUUCAACGCUCUCCUAUUGCUCGUGAGUUGUCCGUUUUACAGCUUCACUCGAGCUUGACGGCAGCUGAGCAGCAAAGAGUUUUUUACCGACCUCCUAAGCGGUUUCGAAAAAUUGUACUUUCCACAAAUAUUGCAGAGGCAAGUGUAACUAUUGAUGAUAUUGUCUACGUUAUUGAUAGUUGUCUGACAAAAGGUACAUCUUACGAUGCACGUGGAAAUACCUCAGUUCUUAAGGCAACAUUUAUCAGUAAAGCAAAUGGUAUGCAGCGUCGAGGUAGAGCUGGUCGUUGCAGAGCAGGUGUGUGCGUUCAUCUUCUUCCUAGGUCUGCAUAUGAAAAACUUCCCGAAUUUCUUUUACCGGAAAUUAUGAGAUCUUCACUGGAGGACGUCUGUUUACAAGUAAAAGCCUUGAAACCAGAUGAGGUUUGUGCAAAAGUAUUGAGCCGUGCUAUGGAUCCUCCACCAGCAGAUUCCACAGAACAUGCGGUCAGGUUUUUAAAGGAUAUGGGUGCCUUUACUUCUGAAAAAGAGCAAAUGACAAAUCUUGGUCGAGCCCUCUCAAAACUUCCUAUUCAUCCUCUUUUGGGUAAAAUGCUUUUGGCGGCGGCAUGUCUGGGAGUAUUGGAGCCAGUUGUAACAAUUGCAGCAUAUCUUUCCGGAAAAUCACCAUUUAUUAAACCCUUACCGCAUCAGAAGAACGCCAUGCGAAAUGCGGUUCAAUCCAUUGACAAUGGCCUACUAUCAGAUCAUCUCAGUGUUAUGAAGUUAUUUGAUGAAUGGAAGAAAAGCAAUUGUAGUGCUGAUUACGCGAUGCAAAAUUUUGCAGAUCAGACUGUAUUGCGUUCGAUGGAUCGCAUCCGGAAACAGUUGUUACGUCUUGUGAAAGACUCUUCAUUAUUAAGAAAGGUUGAAGACCCUAUGCGAAUGGCUUCUCGACAUUCGAGUAACUUGGGGCUAAUCCGGCUGGUGGCUCUUUGGUCUCUUUACCCUCGUAUUGCGUCAGUGGAGUAUCGAGCGAAUCGUAACAGGAAAAGGCCAGAGAUUUUUUGUUGGGAUAAUAAAGUUGCCCAAUGUGCAAUGGGGUCUGCGCUGGCAUUUAAAAAUCGAGACGAUUUUCGUGACAGGGCCUUUGUUUUUUAUCAUGAACGGAUGUAUCUUGAGGCAAAUUUAACGGUUUUUGAUGCCAGCGCUGUGACACCUGUGGAGGUAGCCUUGUGUCUUCGUGAGUUUGCGCUUCGGCCUUUGACUGAUGUUCCUCCAGCAUUUCUCACUGAUGAUGAAAGCAAAAUGGCACCUGCAUUUCCAUUUGUUUUGGAGAGAGAAGAAGAGGCAAAGGAUCUUGCGGUAUUAUUUUUUGAUGGUGAUAAGAAACUGUACGUGACAUCCCUACCAGUUGGCUUGCUAUUGCGUGAUGUUAGAGAAUGUAUGGACUAUUAUCUUGCCCUGUCUAUAAAGGAAGUUAGAGCUGAUCUUUUUCCUGAGGAUUUGAUACGUGUUUUGGCGUACGUUGUUGGAUAUCCUUUUAGUGACGAGGUGAGCGCAAUUGACAAUAACACAAGUGAUAAGCCCGUUGUUACAUAUGGGGAAGAAGAAUCAUUAGAACCGACAACAAUUGAUUGCGGAAGCGCCCAAUUAAAUGAUAUUUCUGGUGAUGAAGAUGAUGCACCUGAAAUUUUUAUGGAGGAUUUUGAGGAUCUUCAGAUGACUGAGGAAGAAAUUCAGAGAGCGAUUACUGUAUUUGGGGAAUUGGCCAUUUUAAAUCGCCAAGGUGGUUUGCGUCUGCUGGGAGCGUUUGAAAAGGGAGUACAACUGCGACAGGUUGAAGCUGAUUUAAUUAGAGGGCCAGAAGGUGAUUUUGUUUCAGAGGAAAGGGAACAGAAGCUGAGGGAUGAAGAUGCUAAAAAAUCUGAUGAAUGUGAUGAUGAGGAGGAUGAGGAUGACGACAUUAUCAUUGCCAAAGCAGGUGAAUUGGACAUAGACGAUAACGAAUAUUAA